GUCUUCCUCUCAUAUUAUCGAUCAUAUUCGUUCUAGAACGCAAGAAGAAUUGAAACAAUGGGAAGAUCUCCAUGUUGUGAUAAAAAUGAAGUACUGAAGAAGGGUCCUUGGACUCCUGAAGAAGAUCUCAAACUCAUCCAAUAUAUUGAAGCUCAUGGACCUGGCAGCUGGCGAACCCUUCCUAAAAAUGCUGGGCUUCAAAGAUGUGGAAAGAGUUGUCGUCUUCGAUGGACUAAUUAUUUGAGACCCGAUAUUAAGAGAGGCAAGUUUUCUUUCGAAGAAGAAGAGAGUAUUAUCCAACUCCAUAGUGUUCUUGGAAACAAGUGGUCGGCCAUAGCAGCUAAAUUGCCAGGGAGAACAGACAAUGAAGUCAAGAAUUAUUGGAAUACUCACAUAAGAAAGAGGCUUCUCAAGAGCGGCAUAGACCCCGUCACUCAUACUCCCCGCCUUGAUCUUUUCGACCUUUCCUCGUCUCUCUUAAACCUUAAUCUCUCCAACGCACUUCAUUUACAAGCCUUGAUAAACCCGGAGAUGUUGCGUCUUCUAACCAAUCUCACGGCUGCAAAGAAGGAAUAUAAUCCACACAAUUUAUCCCAAAAGCUUCUAGAGAGCCGCCAGUUCACAAAUGAUCAAUUAUUGUUUCAGAAAUUGUGGCAAGAAAAUCAGGCUGCCCUCAUGAACAACCCGACGACCUCGACUGGCCCGACGUUGUCAAAUAAAAUGCAGCCGAUGAACGCCGUUACCACAAACACCACCGAGUUGAAUAAUAUUGGCUUCCAGAAUAAGUUGAAAAGUGAUGCCCAAUGCACAUUGGCAUAUCCGCAAGGGGAGGAUCUAGGAAAGCCACUCUCCACACUUGAACACAUGACAUCACAACCACAGGAUAACACUUUAACAAUCGACAAUCAGAAUAUGAUGGUAGUGCCAGAAAAUUUGACUCCUUCAAAUGAUGAAAGCAAUAAUGAUUUCUUUACUAGUUUGGACUGCUAUGGUUCCUUCGGAGUAGGUCUUGGGAAUGAUGAGCCCUUAACUGAAAUGUUUACUCAGAAUAGUAAUCGAAGUUCUGGGUUUGAUUAUUCUUCGAUUCUUUCCACGCCUUCGUCGACUGCAAUGAUGACUACAUUUGUUAACGACAGCUGUUGUGCGGAGGAGGAGAAUCAAAGCCACCAUUGCACUAAUAUGAUGGGAUUCUUUGAAAGUCCAUCUAGAUUUGAUUUUGAGGGCUUGCUCUAAAUGUUCUAUGCUUGUGGGCACUCAAUGUAUAUACACUCUACGUCUAUACUUUAGUAUGAUGUAUAUACACUAUACUUUAGUAUGUCGUGUGCUUCAAUUCAUUGGAUUUCUUGUUCAUCAGUUC